AUGGAUUCCGACAUACUAGGAAUCGUUCCUAUCGAAGAACUGGAACGGCCGACCAUUGAGGAAAAAAUAAAGGCCUUGACCAUCCAGACGGACGAGGGUUGGAUGACGCCACUUAUCCAAUAUCUAACAGAUGCAAAGCUGCCAAAUGAUAAAGGUGAGGCUAGACGAAUCAGAUAUAGAGCCAAUAGGUACCUAUUAUACGACGGCUUGCUUUACCGACGAGGUUAUUCCACGCCUUUGCAGCGGUGCCUAAACGAUAGUGAAGCCCAGGAGGUCCUCCGGGAAAUUCAUGAAGGAGUAUGCGGAGGCUUUAAGUUCGCCAUCGUCGCAAUAGACUACUACACUAAAUGGAUAGAGGCAAAGGCUCUAACAACGACCAUGGAAGUAGCUUGCACCAACUUCAUGCAGAACAACAUCGUGUGCAGAUUCAGGGUCCCACACUCAAUAGUAUCUGACAAUGGGAAACAAUUCGAUAAUGUCUCAACACGCAGAUUCUGCAGCAGCUUAGGUAUUCGAAAAGACUUCUCGGCGCCAAUACAUCCACAGUCCAAUGGUCAAGUCGAGGCUGUCAACAAAAUAUUGAAGUAUACCCUAAAGAAGAAGCUCGAUGAUUUAAGGGGGAGAUGGGCAGAAGAACUUCUGAAGGUCCUGUAG